GUAGCAAAGCUCAUCAAGGAAGCGGCAAAAAGCAUGGGACUAUCACCCAAGGACUACUCAUGUCACUCACUACGCAUAGGCGGUGCAUGCGCACUUCUGGCGGCAGGUAACAGUGACCUGGUCAUACGACUAAUGGGAAGGUGGUCGAGCUGGUGCUUCACAGUGUACACCCGCCUGCAGCCUGGCAUGCUCCGAGAUGCGGCA